CGCGCUCUCUCACCUGGUCGGUCGUGAGACAGGUAUCGAGAUGCCGCCAGCGACCGAGCUUCAGGAUGUUCUCUCUUCCUUCCUCGCCGUCACUCUAAAGAAACCAAAUGCACCAUCUUCUCGUAAAGCGCUGGCGGAACUUAAAGCUGCCCUCGCUCGUGGCCAACUCUUUCGCAACUUUGACCAGGGCCCACCUCAACGACAACCUGGUAAACCACCGUUGCGACUGCCCUCUUCUGCCACCCAGCUGGCCAGGGAAGAGCUAAAGCGAUACGUGUCGCUCUGCAGUGAGAUCGACGCCCUCCGGCUGUCGAAAUACCCGUCGCGCCUGUGGGACUCCCUCUACGCGGUGGUGCCAGUCGUCCUGCAGUGGGUGGACUUUCUGCACCCCAUGAACAGGAAUAUCAUGCGAGCAGAGGACUUUGUGCCGUACUCCCACGACAUCGGUCUUCUCUUUAGGAUGAUCCUGGACGGUCUUGUACGCCCACGCAUCACUGCUGAAGACCGGAGCCUUCGCAGCUGGCUCUCGAGCACUCGUCUGGACGUCUACCUCGUGGACCUCUGGCUGCAUCUACCGCGAUACGUUCCGGCACCGCCAGGCGAGAUGAUCGCCGGGAUGCUGAGGUGGAUGUAUAUGUUCUGUCUCUGCCUGCCGUUGUCGUCGGGCGGCUUUCCAGAAUCUCCAUCCAUCAGCGCAGAGAUGGGGCGUAUCGUCGCCUCCUGCGUCAAGGGCCGACCCCGCCGCCUCUAUCGGGCCAUCUCGUACUACGCCCAGGCGGUACGCACGAUGGAGUCCGAGCUGUCGGAGGACCUCUACGAGCUGGCAUACCACUUGAUGACCGACUGCGCGGAGCUGGCCCCGCGCUCCGUGCCCGAUGCCUCAGUCGCCGAUAUCAUCGCCGCCAUGUCGUACGCCAACGACGCCAAGGCAUGGAAAGUCGCGGUGGACGCCUGCUUGUAUCUGCAGCACCUCUGGAUGUUCGCGUCGAGCUAUCGCAUCUACGAGGUUUCCAUCAAGGCCGGCUUAUUCAAUGCCAUGGUGCGCAUGAUCGAGGCGGUGCCGCAGACCGAGGACGAGCUGCAAGUCAAGAUCACGGCGAUGAUUGGCGGACUCACGCGAAUAUUCAACUAUUGGAGGCCUUUUCUGGCUUUUCAUGUCGCAAAUGGACCAACGCUGCUGAAGGACGAAGCGCGAUUGACCACCCUGAACGAAGCAUUCGAGGACCUUGCUUUCGCCUACGAGGAGCGGUAUCCCUCGCUCGAUAUCGUGCAACAACAGCGGCGAGCCAUGCGCAUGCAUUGUCAAGGCUGCUGCACAGACAAGCAGGAGGAUGGCAGUUGCUGUAAACGAGCCGGCGCUACGAGGAUGCUGCGUUGCGGCAGGUGCGAAAACGCCUUCUAUUGCUCUGAGGAUUGCAGGAAGAAGGAUUGGCGCGGUAAACACAAUACCGUGUGUCGUGCGCCUACAGGGUGGAUGAACGCGCGAGAUAUGGCUCUCAUUGGUCACGUCUCCAUGGCCUACUUGCACGCCAACGUGAGGGCUGUGGUCGCGGAGGUCUCGAUGCGCGAUCCUGACCGCCGUCGCCACUGCGACAUCAUCGUACUCCUCGUUGGCCAUAAGUCAGGGCAUGUGGUAGGUGAUCUGGACGAGUGCGAGUCCGGACCGCGUAUCUGCUCAAUCUACUGCGUAUGGGAAGACGGGCCAGAGCGGCGAUUCGGGCCUGUGGAGAGCACGCCCAUGGUUGGAUUGGAGUAUCGGGUCCUUCAUGAGCAGCUGGCGAAGUAUCCAACAGAGCUUCUUCAAGAUAUGGAUUCCGAGCGAAACCUGUCAGUGUCAUCAGAGGAACGCCGGGAGACGCUCGACCGGCGCAAUAUGGAGAUGCUGAAAGUGAGGAAGUUGCGGGAGAGGUUGAAGGUCGUUGAGGAGGAAAUCAAGGCUCUGGCUAACGAUAUCAGGGACAUAUCUACGUAGUGUUCUCCUCUAUAUAUUCCUGCGAGCUUUGCCCCAUCGAAGGUACCAC